GUUUAAUGUGGUAUAAACGAGUUGAAUAUUGCAAACGUAUAUAUAUUUUUUCUAUUGUAAUAACUUUUGUAUUAUUUUAUUUGGAAAAAAAUGAAAGUAAUUAAGAAUAAUCCAGGAAUAUUUUCAAUCUUUUAAAUACGAAAUUAUUUUAACUUACAGGUAAUUGAAAUGAAUGCCCGUGAUUAAUGUACGACAAUAAACCGCUCGCGAAGUUGCGACAAAUCAUAAACUAACAAGAUAAGAUACGGUCUCUAAAGAAAAAUAGAGACAGUCUUGCAGAAUUCUACUGCUGCUUGGAGAUGAUGGCCGUAUUAUCUGGAGUUGCUUUUUUCCGUUUAAAUAUCUCUAAUAAAAAUGUAAUUUUUUCUAAAUCAAGAUUGCUCUGCUCGAACGGAAUCUAUAAUCUAAGACCAAUAGCUUCAUAUGUACAUGUUCGUUCCUUAUCAGAUACAAGUUUUAAAGUAAAACCUUUGGAUCCUAUUGACCACCAUGAAGAGAAGUUUAAAAAAAUUCUUAUUGCAAAUCGUGGAGAAAUUGCUUGUCGUAUAAUAAAAACUUGCCGCCAGAUGGGUAUAAAAACUGUAGCUAUUCAUAGUGAUGUUGAUACCACAGCGCUUCACGUUAAAAUGGCUGAUGAGGCUUAUUGUUUAGGACCAGCUCCUACAGCUAAAAGUUACUUGAAUGUAGAAGCUAUUUUAGAUGUCAUACAGAAAAGUUCUACACAAGCUGUUCAUCCAGGUUAUGGAUUUCUCUCAGAAAACAUGGACUUUGCCCAAAAAUUGGAAGAAAUGGGAAUUGUAUUUAUUGGUCCUAAUUGGAAAUCCAUUGCUGCAAUGGGUGAUAAAAUAGAAAGCAAGAGAAUUGCAGCUAAAGCUCGUGUUAAUACUAUACCUGGAUUUGAUGGUGUUGUUAAAACUCCAGAGGAGUGUGUGAAAAUAGCUCAAGAAAUUGGUUAUCCUGUGAUGAUUAAGGCAUCUGCUGGAGGUGGUGGUAAAGGAAUGCGUAUUGCAUGGAAUGACAAAGAAGCAAUGGAAGGUUUCCGCUUUUCAAGUCAAGAAGCUCAGUCUAGCUUUGGCGAUGAUCGUUUGUUGGUUGAAAAAUUUGUAGAUAAUCCAAGACACAUUGAAAUGCAGGUUUUAUGUGAUAAAUUUGGAAAUGGAAUCUAUCUUAAUGAAAGGGAAUGUUCAAUUCAGAGGAGGAAUCAAAAAGUCAUAGAAGAGGCACCCAGCACAUUUGUUGAUGAAAAUUUAAGAAAAGCAAUGGGAGAACAAGCUGUUUCCCUAGCCAAGGCUGUUGGCUAUGAUUCUGCUGGAACUGUGGAGUUUCUGGUGGAUUCAAAGAAGAAUUUUUAUUUUCUUGAAAUGAAUACUAGACUUCAGGUUGAACAUCCUAUUACUGAAUGCAUUACUGGCGUUGAUCUGGUUCAGCAGAUGAUUAGAGUAGCUAAAGGCCAUAAAUUAAAAAUAAAACAAAGUGACGUAGGAAUAAAUGGAUGGGCUAUUGAAUCUCGAGUAUAUGCAGAAGACCCAUACAAGAACUUUGGAUUGCCAUCUGUAGGACGACUGUAUAAAUACAUAGAACCAAAUCAUAUCCCAAAUGUUCGAUGUGAUAGUGGUAUUCAGGAAGGAAGUGAAAUCAGUAUUUUUUAUGAUCCAAUGAUUUGUAAGUUAAUUACUUUUGGUGAAACAAGGAAUGCAGCUAUUAGUACUAUGAUCAAGGCAUUAGAUGCCUAUGUUAUUCGAGGUGUAAGUCAUAAUAUUCCAUUGUUGAGAGAUAUUAUGACUGAAAAGAAUUUUGUGGAAGGAAAUCUAAGUACAAAAUAUUUGUAUGAUGUAUAUCCAGAAGGAUUUAAUGGUAAGCAGCUAUCUGAAUCUGAAAUGGAGCAUCUUGCCGCACUUUGUGGUUGUAUUUUUGUUCGCCAUGAAACAAGAUCAAGACACUUUUUAAACCAACCUCAGCCACCAUUAGAGAGUACUCUGCCAGCUGACUGGAAUUUAAUCACAGAAAUUAAUGAGCGAAAUAUUGAGCUUUUAGUUACAGAAAAGAAUCAUGUAUUUGAAGUUACUGUAAACGGCAAGAAAAUCAUUAUUCCUGGUGAUAUCCAUCUCUCAGCUCCAGUUUUAGAAACUACCAUUGGAAGGGAACCUUAUACAUGUCAACUGAUUAAGCAUGAUGGAGCAGGAAAUUUGAGAAUCCGCUUUGCUGGCACUACAUUUAAAGUGAGAGUACUUACGGAAAUAGCUGCUGAAUAUGAACGUCUUAUGCCCAAAAAACCUGAGAAAGAUGUUUCCAAAGUUGUUGCUGCUCCUAUGCCUGGAUUGUUGAAAUCCAUUUCUUGCAAAGUUGGAGAUACUGUUGUUGAAGGUCAAGAAGUAUGUGUUAUUGAAGCAAUGAAAAUGCAAAACAGCCUGAUAAUAGGUUCAACUGGGAAAGUGAAAACUGUACACUGCAAGGAAGGAGAAGCUGUUGAGGAAGAACAAGUUAUCAUUGAGCUUGAAUGAAUAUUGGAAAAGGAUCAAAAGAUUUUCUCUAUCCAUGUGUACAACUAUAGACUUGAUACAUUAUGAUUAAAUAUUUAAAAGUUUAUAUAUAUUUUUCUAUGAAUCCCCUGAUGAAUAUUUUUACUAUGUUAUUAAGUGCAUUUAUACUUUUUGAAUCUCAUAUCCUAUAUUGCAGAUUAUUCUAUGUUUAUAUGUCAUUUGUGGGUGUUAUGUUCCUUUUAUAAAGAUUUAAUAUUGAGUUGCUAAUGCAAAGUUUUAUACAGUAAAUUUCAAUCAGAAUAUUGAAGCUCCAAUGGAAAUUUUACUAAAUCAUUAUUAUUACUGUAUAUUUGUAAUUUAAGCUAAUAUUUGACGAGCAAUAUUAUUCAAAACUCUACUUAAUAUUUCUAUGUAGAAAGACAUUUAUUAUUUUUUUUAUAUCAAAGUACAAUUUUUUAAUUAUUAUUAUUGGAAUGUAAUAAUAAUAAUCUACUUAAUCUGCUCCAUAUAUAGAGUAUAUUUAAGUAUUAAUAUGACAAUACUGACCAUUAUAAUAUUUGAAAAGAACUGACUAUAUAAGAAUUAAGAUGUUUUCGUAUUUGAUCAUUUAUUUUAUUUGGCAUUCAGGGAGAUUUUGCCCGAUUACAUUGUUUUGCAUUUAAUGAAAAAUUGCAUAAAUACAUUUAAGAUCUGUCACUUGCAGUAUAUGUCAUGUAAAAUUCUUAUAUGAUCAAUAAGAGAAUGUGUAUCCACAUUUUUAUUUUAAUAAAAUGUGAAUACACAUUCUUAUUAUAGUGUAAUAUGAUGUGAAUUAUUAUUCAGUUUAUAUUUAUCAUGCACAAAUUUGGUAGAUGUCUGAAAUAAUUUUGUUUGAAAACAUGAAUCUCAUAUGUAUUAGUUUUAAUGUUUAAAAAACUGUAAUAUAAUGUUUUAGAGCUUAAUCUAUAUAUGAUUACUUUUGUACAUGCUUUUGAAAAGCAAUAAUCUAAUUUUGUUGAAUUUACAUGUUAAUUAUUGAUGUGUGCCAUAUAUACUUUUACUCAAGAACAUUUUAUCUUAGUAGCUAGUUUUAUGUUAAUGUAGUUCAGUUUUCUUUUUAUCUUCUUAGCAUUUAGUUGCUGGAAAUUCAUAAAGUUGUGCAAUUAAAGUGACUAAGCGUUGUAUAUGUAACAAAUCGCUAAAUAUUUUGUAUAUGAUUCAAUAGAAUACUAUUUUUUCAUCAUGUUGAAUAGUUUAAAUGAAGAAAAAUCUGAUAGAUGUUUAUUCAUAAAAUAAUUUGCUAAAGAGUUUACUUUAUUCUUACAUGAGCUUGGUUGCGAGUAAGCCAUUAUUACUCAAAGUAUAGAUAAUUGUAUUUUUUUUGUUGUUGUUAAUGUUAUUAUUUUCUUAUAUUAAGUUUCUUUAUUUUCAUCUCCUUUGAAAUCAUAUUGUCAUUAAUGUGAAUUCUAGUUGUAGCUGAAGAACAAUCCAAGUUUAUAUGUUUAUGAUAACUUAUAAAAAGUAAUUUUUUGGGGAGGGGGGAGGAGAAGAGUGGUAGUUAAUUUUUAUUUGUUUCAUUUGUCCUUUUCUAAUUUUAAACCAUUUACAAAUUUAUUGUGAUAACCAAAUUAAAUAUAAUAUUUGAAGCUGAUAAUUUUAAUACUUUUUGUUUAUACGAUUGCAUACAAAUUGAUAUUUCCAUACAAUUUUUUGAGAAACUAAUUUUUAUAAUCCUAUAUGUCUUUAAUAUGUAAACAUAUCUCAUGUUGUAUUCAAGGUAAUUGAAAGUUUUGACAUUUUUUUAGGUAAUUUAUGCCCAAGCACAGUUUUUUUUAAUUAAUAAAACAAAAUUUUGUGUUUUUUUCAUGAAAGAUUUCAAUUUUAGGAAAUUCUUUUAAUCUAAUGAAAAAUACUGAUAUACUUGAUUUGAAUUUUUAAAGCAAAUGUAGAAUCAAUUUCUUAUAUCAUACUAUUUGAAAAGGCCAUAGAAAUAAAAAAUAAAAAAUGCUUUCUUCUAGAAUGGUAUAUAUUUCUUACUAUAGAAAAAAGCAUUGUUUUACCAUUUAAAAGAAUAAAAAUUAAAUCUCUUUUCCAUUUUUUCAUAUGAAAUCGUUUUUAAAAACCUAACUAUGUCAUUUAGUGUUGAAACUCAAAUAAAAAUAACAUCUAAUUUUUAUUAAUUCAGAUAAAGUUUGAAUUAUUCCCAAAAAGGUGGUUUUAAAAUAUUUUUUUUCUAUUUGAAAAAAAAAAAAAAAGGAAAAUAGAAUUUAAUUUCCCCUGGAUUAAAAUAAUAAUUAUAACAAUCUUAUCAAAAAUAGUAAUUAUAAAGAAACUUGUGGCACUGUUCUCAAUUAGAAGGCUUCUGUUUUUGAUUAUUAAAAUGUUUAUUUUAUUUAUAGCUUUUUACAUUUAUUAAAGUUAAAUGCAACUAAUAUCAAUUAUAUAUUUAGUUCGUCACAAUGGAAAUGAAUCUCGCACAACAUAAUUCCAUAUUUGGAGUUAUUGCUUUUAAUUUGUUAUUUAAAAAGUUUUUUUUUUAAAUGCUUAUCUGAUUUUGAGUGUUUUUAUUUGUAAAUAUUUAUUACUUUGUUUCUUAAAAAAGGGAGGGAUUAUGCUGAACUGGAAAAUUCUGAAAGCAUUAAAAAUAUUUGCUAUAAAUUUUGUAAAAGUAGUAUAUGUGUGACGGAAUACUUCGAAACCUUUUUUUUUUUUUUUUUUUAAUAUUUUUAUAUUUUAUUAAAUAGAUUUUUUUUUUGCCCAAUUAGAUUAUAAUUAUUAUUUCUAAUGUAUAAUUUUAAUAAUCAAGCUUAUCUUCCAUUUUGUGUGGCAUCGGUGCACUUUUUAAAACAUACAUACUUAAAAUAUUUCUACUUAUUUUUAGAAUAUUUUAAUUAUGAACAAAUUUUUAAAAAUUUCAAUAAUGAUCAAAUAAAUAUUUAAAAAAAAUCUGAAUUCUUUGCGAGAUUUAAUUUUAAAUCAGUGUCUGUGUUCAGCUUUCAUGUUUGUUGCAUUUAAAUGUGAAUAUAUAAAGGGAUUAUGCGAAUGUUAUUUUUGUACUGCAAAUACUAUUCAGUUAUAAUUAUUUUGAAUCAUUUGUUGUUUUUCAAAAUAUUGUUAUGAUAUUGAUUAUUAAAUUACUUUUUAAAGGAAACUGCUGAUCCUUUUUAAGUAUUCCUUAUGUGUUCAUUGUUUUGAGUCUGAACAAGUGCUUUUUUUUUCAUAAGACAAACUAUGAGCUAUAUAUAUUACAUGUUGACUUAUUGAUAUAAAUGACAUGUAUUAUAAAAAUGUUAUUGCAACUGUUUGUUAUUUGAAUAAAUAAAUUU